AGUUUUCGUUUCUUGCUAUGGAACUGAGAACUGGUGUAUAUUCCCAACCAUUGCUCGCUCUCGGCUUAUUCAUUCUGCCUUUGGUUGUGCGCGGCCUUGGAUUCGGGCAGAUCCUCUUGGGACUUUUCCUGGCUUACUUGGUUUACUUCUUCGAUUCCUCACAAUACGAGCCCGGCAGAAGGUACCAUCCGCGAAUCUACAACUGGAUUCGCAACGCGGAUGCACGCAUGCUCAGUGGCUAUUUCCAGAAAGUGUCACUCAAUUACGAAGACUUCGGGGCUAUCGAGAAGCAGCCUCAAGUGAUCUAUUCUAUCCAACCGCACGGAGUUAUGUCAUUCUGCCCACCUAUGCUCUUCAUGAACGCUCCGCAGAAAACCUGCGGCCUUGGUGCUUCUGUGUGCUUCAAGUUCCCUAUCAUGCGGGAGAUGUAUCUCUGGAUGGGCGUCAUCGAUGCUGGUCGUCGCACGUGCAUGAAGGCACUCAAAGAAGGCUACAGCUUGUCGAUCGUCCUUGGUGGUACGAAGGAACAGUUGAUACCCUACUCGCCUACUCAUGAUACUAUUGUAUGCAAGUCUAGGAGAGGCUUCAUCUACUUGGCUAGGGAUGCUGGCAAGAUACCCAUCGUGCCAUGCUAUUGCUUUGGAGAGCAGAUUGCUUACGAGACUAGUAACUUCAUGCUCUCUACGCGCCAGUGGCUUCAGCAGCACCUGGGUUUGGGUCUACCUCUGCCCAAGUCGUGGCGUCCCAAGCACUUGAAGGACUUCGCACUGGUGGUCGGCAAACCCAUUGAAUGGGAGGAAGAUGACACAGUAACGACCAUGCACGACAAGUACGUCAGUGCUAUCCGUGAUUUAUUCUACGAUAAUAAGAGCAAAUACCCCGAGUACGAGAAACGCGAGCUUGUCAUCGAGUGAGCCUCCAGUGACAAUCGCGGUAUUCA